CGGUAGUGUCAUCGAUAGCUCCAGGCUAUAUUGGUGUCGUGAAAAGCUUAACAUCGACAUCGGAGUCUGUGUAAUGGCAAUAUAGUUAGUUAAAAACAAAUGGAUGUUCUGCGGACAAUAAUGUAAUUAAUAAUGUUAAUUGAGUGACGGCAUCGAAGUUAUUGUGUGGCGGCGUGUGUGUGCAGGGCACCAGCAAGAAGCAAAGUGAACGCUGCCUUGCUUUCACUUUGUGCGUUUUGCCUUUUUGUGUGUAUAAUGGACAAGUUAAAAAACAACAACAACAAGGAAAAUGCAGUUAUUGCAUCAAUUGAAUACCCUUACCCCGCAACGACAGAUAACGACGAUGUCGAAAGCAACAAGAGCACACCCUAUUAUACCCCUUUGGAGUUUUUGCAAACGUCCUUUGAAUUUCCAUCGCCCACGUCCGAAACGUCAGCAGCAACAGACGCUGUUCUGCCACCAACGCAGCAGCAGCGGCGCAGCAAUGAGUACAGUGGGGGCGGUGAGGGUGUUUUCGAUGUUGCAUACACACAACAAAAUGCGUCCUUGGAACGCAUAGACACGUACGCAUUGGAAAAGGAGGACACUGCACGCGCCUAUACACCAAAACAAUUUACAAUUGCCACUCCUAAGCAGCCACAGCCGCAACCCAAUUCCCAGUCGCCGACGUUAAAUCGUAAAUUUAAACGUUUCUCCCUAUAUGAUCGCCGAUCCUGUUCGCCACACAUUGCAACCCGUAAUGCAACGACUGCAACAACGAGUACAACUGUAACAUCAGGCUUGUCGCUGGACGAGCGCGGAACGGGGCUUACCACAUUCGCCAACAAAGAAAAUACCAUACCCAAAACGGGCACCGGCACCCACACUGAGAACGAACAGGAUAUACUAUACAUGUCGAAAAGCGAACAUAAUUCCCCCACAAUUCUAUUUAAAGAUGAAACCUCGACACCCAACCCAAACCUGAGUUACUCCCCCAAAUUAUUGGCCUCCAUCAACAAUCUAAAUUUAUCCGGGUCACCCCUAAACAUAAUAAACUCUGCCGGCUAUAAGAACGGCAACUUUUUUCGUUUUCCCGAAAUCGACCAUGUCGUGCAGGAAGCCAUACCGCUCAUCGCUGCAUCCACCAUUGAGGACCCGCAUGCUAGCUAUUGUGACAACCAGAUGCAUAUUCGUACAAAGUUCGCUAGCACAUCACCUUCGGCACUUUGCCAUGCGACCGUACAACAGCAGCAACGUAUACGCAAGCGAUCCACCAGCUCCGACAUUAUGGAAUCCACAUCCACACAAACAUCGGAGCUGAGCCAGGAGCAGUCAUUACUGCAACCGGAAGCACAGCUGGAGGAACAGCAAAAGUGUGAGGGCCGUAAAAACCGAAAAAACAAAAACAAUCUCACCAUCCGCAUCACCGAUGUCCCCAUCAAGAGCUCGACACAAAUUUCACCGCUGCCCAAACCGAAAACACCAACUAUUAAAAGCACAAAGGAGAAGGCGCGCUCUCUGGACUCGGCCGCAAAUGAAGGCGAGCUGUCAAUUGUGGUGCACAACAUAACUGAAUCUCAUGGCAGCUGCGAUGUUAUGGACACACAAAUGCCUACCAGUGGAAGCACCAGCCAACUUCAGGCUAACAUGCUCAUGCAACCUGCCUCAAAUAUACACUCGACAUCAUUGUCCCGCUUGGACACGCACAGCAAUUUGGUCAAUCGUCGCACUUCGCGACGAAAGUCACCGGGUCUUAACAACAGUGACUGGCUGAUGUACCACCGCAAGCACAAUCCAUAUCAGGUGCCGCACACCGUCAAACUUCAAGACUGCAGCAGCAGUACAGCGCAAAGUUCCCUCGACUCGGAUGUAAUGGAGUACAGCGGCAGUGAUUCGCCCCAACGUAGCGCUGCCGAACUAAAAUCCGCAUCUAGUGUGGACAGCAGCAACACCAAGUUUGGGCUGGGAGCUACUUUAGCACCGCGCAAUGCACACAAACACAACCAGCUCCUGCACUCGUCUAGUACAAAUCUGAAAACUCUGCCUGAGUCCCUGACUCUCGUAGAGUUCUCAUUGUGCGGUGGUCCCAGUCCCAAAGAAUCGCCGUCACCAUAUAAGCAAAAAUCUAUGGAUUUGCCGGUCAGUGCACAUGCCGCUCACACCAACUUGCAGGCGAUGCAGACGAAGAGUACCGUGUCCACAUCAUCGAUGAACCUUCUGCAGCGACGGGGCUCCAUUCACAGUCUUACGCUUAAUUUGCACAGCUCAUGUGGAAAUUUGGUGAACAACAGUUUGAGCGUGUCUAACUACAGCUUGGGCUCAAUGGGCAAUUUUAAUACAAUACUCAAUUCAAAAUCCAGCUGCAAUCUGGACAUAAAUGCAGCACGCAUUGCUGGCGCACAGUUGCCAGGACAGCAACACACAUUGAAUGCCACAGGUGUCCCAAUUAUUAGCAACCAGGGCACACGUCAAGGUCUGUUUCGGCGCCGUGGCUCCAAUCACAGCAUCACGCUCAAAGCUCACACAACAACAUCGUGUGGAGAUCUUAAUUCGAUAUCCACACAACAGACCCUGAGUGCCGAUAAGUACCGGCUAAGCACGCGUACUAACUCGACCGGCUCCUCGACACAUACAAAUAGUAAUGUACCCACCCCAAAGCGGGGUCUGCUCGAAAGACGCGGCUCCAAUCAAAGUCUUACCCUUAACAUGGGUGGCAUCAUGGGCUCCAGUAAUCAGCAUCUGGGUGACAUUCAAAUGCAGGAUGUAAGCGAACAGCCAAAAGUGUCUGCUUGCAGUUGUGCUGCUGCCCAAGCUCCACAUCAGCGCAAAUUUUAUAGCACCGAAAACUUAAAUACAAAUCGCGGAAAUCAACAGUUUUUCGACUUCGAUACUAAGCAAGCGUGCUUCGGCUCAGCUUCUAAUUUGCAACCCAGUGAACAGUCAACCAUUAUGACCAAUACACAGGAAGCAAUUAUGUGUACCUGUACGGGUGGCGUGCGUAACAUCAUGACGCGACCGUUGUCCCCGCAAACCACGAGUGAGGAGUUCAAAAUUUAUUUAGCCAGCAUUCAAAUGCUGCAGAGCGCAUCAAACCCGCUCAAUCAGUUUGAUUUAAUCAAAUUAAACUAUGUCUUUGACAACAGCUACAAGACAAAUCGCAAUAUUAUUGAACGGCCGCCUGUUUUGGGUGCAAAUGGACGAGAUGGGGACACACCCACAAAUCAGUUGCCACCUACAUCAGAGGACAGUGAAUUGUUGACAUCGUAUCAGGCUGUGGUCAAGCGCAUUAUUACACCAAUACCACAGCUAGCCGAGGAAGAGCAGAAACGCAUAUUUCGCGAUUUGCACAAGGAAUUCUGGGAUUUACCUUUGAAUCAUCAGGAGAAACCGAUGGUCUUUGGGUCGCAAACAAAAAAUCGUUAUAAGACCAUAUUGCCCAACGAACAUUCACGUGUUUUGGUCGAUAGCGAGGCCAUCGAGUUACUAAAUUUGCAGCAGCAAUCCUGUUUGGGUAUGGGUAGCGAGAGUGCCACUGAGGACAUAAAGAAGUCAUCGUUAUUAGCCUACGACGAGGUGCCCUACAUCAAUGCCAAUUAUAUUAAGGGUCCGGACUAUGUCUCCAAGUGCUAUGUAGCUACACAGGGACCUAUGCCGAACACUAUUUUCGAAUUUUGGCUAAUGGUCUACCAAAAUACACAGCGUUACAUUCGCCGAUGUGUGGACGGAGGAAGUAGCAGCAGUCCCCAUGUAGACAAAUCGCACAUACUCCAGCAGUACUUUCAAAAAAUCGUGAUGCUUACAAAUUUCACGGAAUCAAGUCGACAGAAGUGCGCCAUUUACUUUCCCAUCGAGUUCAAUGAAAUAUUCGCCGUUGCUGCCAAGGGUGAGGUUUUCGAGCUGAGCACUUCUGCAAAAGAAUAUUUUGACGCACAUCUGUUACCUUCCACUGUUGUGGACAAUCCGGUGGGACUGAAUGAAUUGGAAAUAAGCAGCCGGCAUAUUAGCAUCGAUUCAAAGAAGGUAUCGUUGAGCGUGGAAGUUCGCGACACAUUGCCCAAAAAUAGCAAUUUCUUUCUGGCCAAGAACGUUGGAAUUGUGCGACGAAAUGGUUAUUCUAUUCGUAAGCUGGUACUACUUUACUGCAUCAAUGUGCCCCAAAGUGCGGGUCAGUUGGACUAUUACUUGCAGAAAAUCUGCUGCUAUCAUUACUGGUAUCCAGAUUGGCCGGACCAUCACUCUCCACGCGAUAUUAACACGCUACUGGACACCUGUCUACAUGUAUUGAAUCUAGGCAAGUGCGAAUCGGAAUUUGACAACUACGACGACAAGCGUAGCAUGUGCAAUGCACACUUGUCGGCGCAGCGCUUGGAAAUCUACAAGCAGGACAUUUUCAAUGCCGUACAGCCGCUACCCAUCAUCCACUGCUCGGCUGGCAUUGGACGUACAGGUUGUUUCACAGCAAUAUUAAAUGCUGUGCGACAAGUCCGUCAAUCUCUGGCAUACUCUCUAACAGGAAUGUUGACCAAGACGUUGACAACAGCGGACUCGCCACCAAUUGCUGCAGAGGCUCGAGAUGAUGCUGAUACGGAUAUUGAUAGCAGUUUUACGUGCAACACCAUUUUGCACAUUCGCCACAUUGUGGACUCUUUGGUGGUAACAAGCGCCACAGCCGCAACAACAACAACGGCACCUAACUUGAAGCCGCCGGCAACAUUUGAAAAAUUGCCAAAAAUGCCCGAUAUUUUCGUGGACAUUUUGGGAAUUGUGUGCAAUUUGCGUUUGCAACGCGGUGGUAUGGUUCAGAACUCGGAGCAGUAUGAGCUCAUACAUCGCGCUAUUUGUCUCUAUUUAAAGCGCACAUUGGCGCUGAGACGGUUUUAAACGAUGAUCUGAAAAGAUGUUAUAAGAACAAAACACCAAUUUACUAUUUGUAAACAAUUUUUGUGACCCUUAUAUUUAAUGAAAAACAAACCACAACAAAUAAUAAUAACAAUCCAACAACCAUGGCUAAAAGAGUCUCGACAAAUAGCUGGCAUUCUGAGUAGUUGUACUCAAUGUUUGGCUUAAAAAAUACUAUUACUAUUAUUACAUUAUUAAUAUUAUAUAAAUGUUUAUUAAGUGUUUGGAUGUAUGUAUGUUAAAUGUGUAUGUAUGUACAUAAUGUAUGUGUAAAUGUUUCAAUUUUUGGUGUGAACUAUGCUUAAACCUAAAGUUAAUUAACAAUAUUACUUUGUCAAACUUUGCAGAUGGUGUGCUUCUGCGAUCAAAAACUUUCCUAAGUUUGAAAGCGAAAAAAGCUCAAACCUUUUUAAGUUGGUUCGUCCAACUGACUAAAACACCAAUUUUUUCGUUUUCAAACGGUAAAUUUUGAAUCGCCAAAGCACCCAGCAUAUGUUUUUAAAAACCACAAAUUUAGAAAGCAAAAAUGAACUUGUAUUAAUGUUUAUGCAAUGGAACUAGUCAAAUAAAACUUAGAAACAUUUUAAAUGUAACUAUAAA